GAUACGGCCACACUACGCCGCUCUCUGAUGCGGGUAAAGCGUUCUCCAUCGUGUAUGCUUUGAUCGGAGUGCCCUUCACCAUGCUGGUGCUCACAGCCUGCGUCCAGCGCCUCAUGCACCCCCUGACCUACGGGCCGAUCUCCCUGUGCCAGCAGCGGGCCGGCCUGCACCGCCGCGCGGCCAGUGUUGUGCACUUCAUCGUACUGAUGGUCCUGGUGGUGCUCGGCUUCUUCGUGAUUCCGGCGCUGGUGUUCAGCGCCAUAGAAGAAUCCUGGUCUUUCUUGGACGCCUUCUACUUUUGUUUCAUCUCCCUCUGCACUAUUGGACUGGGGGACUUUGUGCCAGCAGAAAAGCCAGGACAGAGACUCAGAGCUUUGUACAAGAUAUCAGUCAUGGUGUACCUGUUUGUGGGCUUGAUGGUCAUGUUCCUGGUCCUUCGCACGUUCCACAAGCUUGCAGAUGUGCACGGGUGGACCGCUUUCUUCCAGCUGCCGAGUUGCGAGGAGGAAGAUGAGUAUAAAGAGCCAAUAAUAGAUGGCAAGCCUGAUGACGAAUCGCCCGAGGCUGAGAAGGCCUCAAUAAAGCAGCGGGAUCCCAACUCUCAAGUGUCCUACAACUCCAUAAAUGGAUAAAAUACUAGAUCUUUCCUCAUUCGCAUAAGAUCACUUCUUUCUGCUGUGUCCUGCACUGGUAAGUUGUCUUUAACUGCAGCACCUCCGAGGUCAAGUCAGUCGAGUAUGAACACUUGCAAUACAACACACCUCACUGUUGGGCAGAACAUCUUGGAACAAAGCAUCUGGGUGGAUUGUACCAUUUUCAUGAACCAUAUGAUUAUUUUUUCCCUGUUUGGAGUUUUCAAAUUUGAUCUUCAAGACUUUAGUAAUGUUGCCAUUCUUUUAGGAAAUUGAAAACGUGCUCAUUGUGUCCUACGUGUGAAUGUUCUCUGUGGUUUUGUGUAGGAUUUGUAACUGAUUGCUAUUUUCAUAUUCAGAUAUAUUUCCAGACUAUUAAUUUUUUUUUUUUUUUUUGGACCAAGACCUCGCAAUCUGGACAGAAGAACAGGAAGACAAUGCCGUCCAGUAUGAAAUGAAUUGAAUCAUUGCUUUCUGAGCUAGCUAAUGUUGUUUUUUUAUGCCUUGGGAUGUGUGGAUCUUCAGAAGCACUUUAUAACUGGCUUUUUACAUUUUAUAAUUGACAGCCAAUGACUGAAUGCUGGACAGUCUUUAUUGUGGUAUUGCACAUUCAUUCAUUGUUCUUUGUAUUAUUAUUAUAUAGUAAAUGUUGGAUGGUAGGGAACAAAAACGUGUCUAUUCAUGUCAGAACAAAAGGUGUUUUAAGAAAUGCAUGCACAGAAAAAUAAAAUAAAAACGUUUUUGGUACUUUG